AUGCCAACCUCGACGUUUGUGCUGGUGGUGAUAAUUUCCUGUACGUUGGUGGCUCGAGAUGUCCUUGCGACGACAAAAAAGAAAGACGGCUCCGUAAAGCGCAUGAUCCUGCUCGAUCGAACGCCUGUCCUCCCAGAUCGAGUGCGUUUGCUAGCGGAGUGUGCUGAUGGAGAUCGUAACUGUACGCACACCUGCCCGGAAAGCUACACCCUUGAUGCCCGCAAGCAAACCUGCCGACCGAAGCGCCAAGAUGGCCGCCAAUGUCCUCCGGGGUACGUGCUACGGGCCGGUGCCGGCGGUGCUGGUGGUUGCGUGCUGGACCAGGAAGACAUCCAAUGUCCUCCCGGGAGUACCCGCGAAGGCAACCGGUGUGUGGUGCGUAGUUUCUCCUGUCCUUCAGGGUACACCCGGCGGGGUCAGAACUGCCUUAAAGAGGACAUCUGCCAACCGGGGUAUCGGUGGGAGAGCGGAUUAUGCUUCCCGAGCUCCGCUCGUCGCUUCUGUCCAGCUGGGUUUGUCGAACAGCGUGGAGGAAACUGUGCACCGGCGGCCUGUUCGGAUUGUUGUGACUGUCGGGAUGAAGUCGCCGGAGCCGUGUGUCCUGCCGGGUACGCCAGUCAGUGGGGUCGAUGCGUGAAGCUUUUGCAGGCUUCUCCGGAUCUUCGCAUCCAAUCGGUGAUGUACCGACUCCCAGUGGAAUGUCCUGCAGGUGCCAGCUUCAACGAGGGACAGUGUGAGGAAUGGGCCGCUGUAGGUCGACCCGUCUGUCGAGCCGGCCAUCUUUACAACGGAUCCUGCGUCGAAGUGGCCAAGUGCAACCGAGGCACACUGAACCACGUGUGCUCGUGCGAACUGGAACAACACGUGACCGGAUCGUGCACUGUUGGCAAGCUAAACGAGGGCGUGUGUGUCCUUGCGAGAGUCCACUGUCGAGCACCGUUUCGCCUGCUUGGUGGUGUGUGUGUGCGUGAGUCCAAAAUUCGUCCCACCUGUCCCGAUGGUGGUGUGCCGUUUCAACAAGGAUACUGUGCCCUUGAGGUGCCUCGAUGCGGUCGAGGAUUCUCCCUCGAUAGCAACGGUCUCUGCCGGAAGGAGGCGGUUUGUGCGUUCGAAUGUGGUCCUUACCAGCAGCGAAACAAAUGGUGUGGUUUCCCGGCGACUUGCCCGGAAGGAUACACCCUCGGUGAGUCGGGACACUGCGUGCGGGAAACGAUCCGACCAGCACACACUUGCCCCGAGGGAACAGUCGAACGUGGGGAGCGUGGAUGCGUCAGUUUAACACCGAUCUGUCGGUCGAACUUCCGGUACGAUCCUGCCGUAGAUCAGUGCACCCGAUGCGAGGAACGACCGCUAGAGUGCGCUCGAGGCAACCUAACUGGAGGGCAGUGUGUGUGGAGCGAACCAGCUUGUCCCGGGGAGUACUCGUGGAAGGACAGCAUGUGUGUGUGGACGGGCACUCGUCGAGCGUUCCAAUGUCGGCGAGGAUACGAGGAAGGCGAGCUGUGUGUACACGGGGAACUGGCCUGUCCGGCGGGAUACGAGCUGUUGGGAGAGAGCUGUGUCACUCGGGAGGAUGUCCAGUGUCCGGAAGGAUCUUACCCACUAGACGGACGUUGCACGAUCGCUAAGGAGUGUCCGGAGCACUUCCAGGCAGGACCACAAGGAACGUGUUUGCGUGAGAAUCGGCGACUCGACGAAACCAUGCCACCAACCUGCCCGGGUGGGUUCGCUUACGAAGGUGAAGUGUGUGUGCGUCGAUCCGUGGUCGAACCGUUAAUCACCCGCAAGGAACCACGAUGUCCUGAAGGAUACGACACGCGAGAUGGGUGUGUGCGUACGAUCCGCACAUUCGCCGUAUGUCCACCAAGGACGAUCUUCACGGAUCGAAGUGACAGGUGCUACUGCGAGGUGGACCUAACCUGUCCAACCGGUUACGAACGGGCUGGAUCGGACUGUCAGUUCCGUGCGGCCGGUUAUACGUCACUCGUGAACUUCCUGAAUCCUUGCUAUGGCGCGUUCUGCGAGGCUGGAGCGUACUGUAUUGCCGCUUGCUCGUUCCCACCGUGUCCUUUCGAGCCCUGCUCGACGACUUCGCUUGGGGCGACGUUUGGAGCUACUCGACGUUGUCUCACGCCUGGUGCCGGACCCGAGGACGAUUGUCCUCCGCAGGCGGUGAUUGGGCUCGUGUGUCCUCCAGGCUAUGAACGCGUGAAUAGCUCCUGUCUCGCGUACUACGACAAGGUGUGUCCUGAGGGCUACGAGCUGGAUGCAGACGAGUGCACGCGUGCCGUGCGCCUCGAACCGAUCUGUCCUCCAGGCUACCGCGCGGAUGGUGGUUCGUCCUGCGUGCAAGUGUCUUGUCCGAACGGGUACAAACUGAUGGAACUGGGCGGAUCGGGAGAAGUGUGUGAAAAACGCGAGCUUCGCUCACCGAAAGCAUGCCCUCCCGGGUGGGACUUCUUCCAGGGAACGUGCCAUCGGAGAGCGUCUUGUCGUAACGGCACAAUCGAGGGUCCGUACUGCGUGGAGCGGGAAUACGCACGUCCUACCUGUCCCGAGGGUUUCCAGCAGCGUGAAGACGAUUGUGCCACGGAUGGAUCCUGCCGUGGAACCGGAGCUACACUCAUCGAUGGCACGUGUAUCCGUAUUGCGACUCCACUGCCCUGUCCGGAGGGAACGUACCGUCAAGGGAAGCAUUGCGUGUACCCGGAUGCCCCCGAGUGUGAUGAGGUACCAUUUGUGGCCACCAACUGCACAUCAGAGGUAGACUCCGGUGGUCAAUGCCGCCACAGGACAUCUCCAACCUGCCCGAAAGGUUACCGACGUCGGGACGAUCGGUGCAUCGCGUGUCAGCUCGAGAAACUAAACUGUCCGCCAAACAUGGCACUCCGUGAGCAAACGUGUGUCGCAGAACGACUCACCUGCCCGGAAGGACACUUCCUGCGAGAUGGACAUUGUGUGAUGCUGCACGUGGUCAAGCCACGGUGUUCCUCCAGCGAGUACACCCUAUGUCAAGGGUUCUGCAUCGUGGCGUACACACACGAGUGCAAAGGCAUCGAAUACGGGUUGCCAACGUGUGGGCGCGGAUUCCAACACCGUGGUCGAUGCGUGGAACCAGGAAGAUGUACAGAUGCUGAACACGCGCUCAUUAACGGCGAGUGCCACGUGCGCGUCUUCUCUGAUCCCUCGUGUCACGGCAAAGGUUCGCGAGUGGGCGAACGGUGCAUUAAUGGGACUCCUCAGUGUCCACCGAACUACGCCCUCGUUGCAGGACAAUGCUACAGCCGUCAUAUCGAGAAUGCUCACUGUCCGGCAUCCGGAUCCUGCGCCGAUAGCUUCUGUCAACUUGAGCCACCACGUUGUAGCGCCCCAGCGGCCAUGUUUGAUGGAACCGCGUGUCGGCAGCUAACGACCGCGAAACCGGUGUGUCCUGUCGGUACCAGCCCUGACCGGUUGGAUGCGAGCUUGUGCCAACUUAAGUCGGAAAAGGCCGUUUACAAUUGCCCUCCGGAGUAUCACUACCAGAAUGGGGUUUGUUUGAAGAAGCUGUACAAGAACGCAUCCUGUCCGGUGGGUUACAACCUGCGUGGUGGGGCUUGUGUCAAGCGUGUUUGCUCACGCAUGUCCUCGGGAUCCGUGUGCGUGGAUGCGUCAUCUGUGGUCACUUCCAGUGGAGCAAUCUCAUGUACACAGUGUCUCAACGACACUACUAGCUCUGCCGGACCGUGGGGCGCUAGUACAGCUUCGGAAUCCGUCGAUCUAUGCUGUUCGGUGUACUCCCCGCGGAUCUGCCGUGGCACAGGAGAGUGCUAUCAUGAGAGGGAGCAUCUUUGCGGCUCCUUCUGUCUCACCGAAAACGACAGGAUCUAUCUGACGGUGUCACGCACGAUGUACGUUGGCACGCGAUUGUACGUGGCUCCACGCCAGAAAUCCGACGACGAUGAUUACUACAACGGGAAUGGAGAAAAUGACGAAGAUGGUGCGGACUCGGAGGACUGCCAGCAAUGCGUCAUGGGACCGGUGAAUUGUCCGAAACGAUGCAACACGUACGAAUGUGAAUCUGACGAUGGUAUGGAGUGCAAUUACCAGGAUGCAGCCACGUUCUGCGCUCAAUAUAAGGGUGUGAAACUUUGCACAUACCUGCUUCAUCGAGGGUAG